GAGAGAGAGCGAGUGACGCGCGGAGUCCCGCGAGAGCCGUCGUCCGUGUCGUACACGUCUCGUGCUCGUCGGUGUUUGGCCAGCCGUCUCGUACAAUCGAAAUUCAGCUUGUUUUCCUCGCGCAGAGCCUCGCCCCGUUCGCGUCGGACGACCUCCCCCGCGCUAUCCUGGAGUCGCGUCGUGUGCUGCGACUCGUCGCGUCUUCCUCGAGGAACGCUCAUCGCGCGUCGCGCGCGUCUGCCGUCGAGUUUAGUCGGUUAGUCCGAGGACGUUUCUAUGGAUAUCUGACACGCGUGCUCCGUCGUUCUCAUGGUGCGUCCGAGUGACUUUUGUGUGACACUCGUGUGAGCCGAGCCGACCAGGACUGGACACUCACUCGAUCGUAUGCCGAUUCAGGACGCCGAAGUUGCUAUGGAGCUGCUGCGGGAUUGCUGACUCGACGUCCAUUUUCCGGAGCCGGAGGGGAACGACAAAAGCGCGCCAGGAGAAGGAAGGAAGGAUCUCGCGGCCAAAAUGGAGCAGUGGCGGUGGUUCAUAUACGCGGUGACCCUGCGGAUCCUCGCGGCCGUUGCUGACGCCGCCGAGGACUUUCGGCACAUCUCGUACGAGGAUUUAACGGACACCAGCAUGUUCCAACAGGAUGGAGUCACGACUUACUCUCAGCUGCUCUUCGACGUGGCGCGGCAGCAAGUCAUCGUAGGAGCGAGGGACAACCUGUACCGGCUGACGUUGACGUCGCUCUCGGAGCUGGAGCACGCUUCGUGGCCCGCGCCAGACGACAAGGUUUACGUCUGCCAGGACAAGGGCCAAAGCAUCGAGGAUUGUCACAAUUACAUCAAGGUGCUCGUCAGCAACGGCAAGAGUCUCUUCACCUGCGGCACUUACGCCUUCAGCCCGUGGUGCACAUGGCGAGAGAUCGAGAACAUAACCAGGGUGACCAGCGAGAUGAGCGGCAAGGCCAUGUGCCCGUACUCGCCGUACGCGAACGUCACUGCUUACUUCUCGAGGGGUCCUUCCGGUGGGCUCUUCGCUGGCACGCCCACCGACUUCUCCGGAACUGACAAGGCGAUCUACAGGACACUGGUGUCCCCGAAUAUUAGAACUCUGUAUUACGACUCCAAAUGGCUGAAUGACCCGCAGUUUGUCGGCAGCUUCGAAGCGGAGGAUUACGUGUACUUUCUAUUUCGCGAGAUCGCGGUGGAGCACAUGAACUGCGGCAAGAUAAUAUACUCGAGGAUAGCGAGGGUCUGCAAGUACGACCCCGGCUACAAGAUCGUGGAGAGAGAAUGGACGACAUUCAGGAAGGCUCGCCUGAAUUGCUCGCUGCCCGGCGAAUUCCCGUUCUACUACGACGAGAUCCAAGGCGCGACCUAUCACCCGGAGGAGGGAGUCAUCUACGCGACCUUCACGACCUCCACUAACAGCAUCGCAGGCUCGGCGAUCUGCGCCUUCAACAUGUCGGCCGUCAUCGCCAGCUUCGACGGCCCGUACAAGUAUCAGCAGAAAUCGAACUCCGCAUGGGAGAGGGUGCACGACGUUGCACACGAUCCCAACCGACAACGCUGCGGCCCGUCGUUCAACAUCACUUCGCCGGAGGUGAGCAAGUGGUACCAACUGAUGGACAACGCGGUCCAGAGCACGAUGCUGGAGCCGCUACACACCGCGAUCCUUGAGCGGUUCACCCACAUCGCGGUCGACAUUACACCCACCAAGGUGCAUCGCGGAGUAACCGUCCUCUACGUCGCCACCACCACCGGACUGAUCAAGAAGAUCUCCGUCUUACCGAGGACACAGCAGACCUGCGUCGUCGAGGUCUGGGGACCUCUGCCCUCACCACCGAUGACCCUGCAGUUCCUCAAAGCCACUCAAAGCCUCUACGUCGGCAUGGAAAUCGGUCUGUUACGCAUACCUGCCGUUCAGUGUUACCGUCACCGGAGCUCCCAAGCAUGCUUGAACGCCCAGGACCCGUAUUGCGGCUGGGACGAGCAUCUGAUGAUGUGCACGCAGGCACCGAAGCAGAAUUACCUGGUGAAGCACUGGCUCCAAGAGGACACCAAGUGCCCGAUCCUGACUGAUCCCGUGGACGGAGGUUGGAGCGCGUGGAGCGCCUGGUCGCCUUGCCAACACGGCGUGGCGGAACAACUGUCCGGCCACGUUCACUCUCACACGCAUUCGCACAACGAAAAUGCCGAGAGUAUCGACACGUGCCAGUGCCAGACCAGGGAAUGCAACAACCCGACGCCGCGGCACGGCGGAGAGAAUUGCACGGGUGCUCGUGUCAGAGUAACAAAUUGCACCAUUCACGGUGGAUGGACCGCCUGGUCGGCUUGGUCGGCCUGCUCCCAGACUUGUGGCUUCGCGAUGAAGACUCGCCGACGCACCUGCACGAACCCGGCGCCCGCGUUCGGUGGCCGCGUUUGCGUCGGCCACGAUCACGACGAUAUCGUGUGCAUCGAUCUGCCGCCCUGCCCCGCCCCCGCCAAAGCCGUCCCGCCGCCGCAGAACGGUCAGUGGUCCUCUUGGGGCCCCUGGGACCCGUGUUCGCAACCGUGUAACGGUAUACGUGUCCGAAAGAGGGUCUGCGACAACCCGCCACCGAAGAAAGGCGGCCUCGAUUGUCCUGGAUGCGACAUUCAGUUCGAAGAAUGCAACGUCAAUUGCGCCGAGACCAAACGCUACUCCGGCUGGACGCCAUGGUUGGCGAUGAACGCUAGCUUGCAAAGUGGUAGCGUGGGUUACGUGGAGAAGCGCUUCCGUUUCAGCUGCCGUGCACAGACCAACGACCCGUCGAGCGUGCGAGUGCAACUCGCCAGGGAAGAAGAGCGUUACUGCAGGAACGACGGGUCUUGUCUGCGCGGCAACGCCAACGUAAACGUAUACCCGGAACUCGUCAACGAGAACGGCUGGGGCGAAUGGUCCACGUGCGACCGUCCUUGCGGACGAGGCACUCAGCACAGGGUGAGACAAUGCAAAUCGCUGCCUUGCGAGGGUCCGUCGACGCAGAGCCGGGCCUGUAACACUCAUCCGUGUCGGACGAAUAACGACGUGAGUAACACUGCCGAGAGUCAAUGGUCGUGCUGGACCGAGUGGUCCGAGUGUUCGGCGUCCUGUGGCCUCGGUACUCGCACGAGAUCGAGGGAGUGCCUCGGCCCGGACAGUUGCAUCGGCUCUCGACUGGUGAGAGAAGCGUGCGAGAUGCCCAGCUGCGAAUCGCUGCUCGGCUGGGACACGUGGUCGCAUUGGACACCCUGCGACAAUAAUCAUCAGCAACACCGGAAACGAUCGUGCCUUCAACACGGCCCAAGCAUGUGUCAAGGACCGACUCACGAGACGCGCGAUUGCCUCCCAAUCUGCACGGAUAACGACGUAAACGCUUUGCCGUCGAGCGUGGAGAACUCGGGUGUCACAGUGGGGGCGGCGGUAGGCAGCUGUGUGAUCGGCUUUGUCUUCGGCCUGGCCCUGACCGCGCUGCUGUGCUUCUACUAUUUGAAGCGACGCAAGCCCCGCAUCCCCGGCAGCCCGCAUUACAUCAGCAAACAGAACCCUUACGUUACCGUGCCGCUGAAAGAGGUGAACGCGAAGCGACAGCCUAGUUUCUCGGGCAGCACCAACGGAAACGGGACCCUGCGCGGCAAAAGCAACCCCAACGUCAACGGCCUCGGCAGUCCCAAGCUGUACCCGAAGAGCCUCGAUUACGAGUCCGCCACAUUGAAACGUAACAGCCACGGCCAGCAGCAUAUCCGUGCUGAUCUCGAUCAGGACAAAUAUUACUGAUCCGGCAGCUGCUCGCGCGCGCAGCAGCUUGCCGCAAAUUACUAUUUCUCGAAUGGUGACUCGCGUUCAUCGCGUGAACGCCACCUGGCCAUGUGAUCUACAUGUACAGAAAGAGCCGACGUUGACUCGGAGACGUCAACUCGGCUGUUUGGCAGCUGCUUGAUCGACAAAUUAGCGCUCGGUCGAGAUAUGAAAUUGAUUUGAGGAUGAAUGGAGUGUACGAUAUCGGGAUGAAUGUGAGACGAGGAGAAAGGUUGCGAGUAUCUACUUAAUUAAGGUAAUCGAACGAGCGAACCGUACAAGACUACACUUUUUUUUUUUUAGUAUUAAGUAAGCGAUAUACGCACGUUCUUCGCUACAUGUGAGUAUUAACUAUAUAAGUCGCUCGAGAACGUGUCUUUCGACGUGCGGGCGAGCACUCGUAGCUCGGGCGACUUUUCGCCGACGACUCGGCGCGCAGGGAGGAGGACCGUUGUUUCGAGGGAGUUUGUAAGAGUUUAUUUUUGUUUCUGUGUACAUACAUUCGCGAGGGGAGAAGGGAGGAGGGGUCAGGCACGCGUCGCGCCUACGGAAUCGAGAAUCACUUUUGCUUGAAGCCCGGGCAUUCGAUUUCCACCCAUUUGUGUCAAGUUUCAUGAGUCAUCCGAACGAAUUUCUACGCCGCGUGUCACUUCAUUCGUAUAUUCGUAAGGUUUGUUCGCGUAGGGAAUAAUGGGAGAACGAAAGGGAGGGGGAAGGGGGAUGAAUAGGGCAGCCACGUAACCAGAGUCCGAAUAACGGUGGGCACUCGGUCCUGUCGACGGAUUGAUCGAUUGAUAGUCGUACAAAUAUCAAACAUUGCGCAGGUACGCUCGUUUGCACAACAGUUCGUGCGUUUGUCCCGAUGAAGUUAGCAGCGCAUCGGAUACUCACGAUUACAGGACGCUGCUGCUGACGAAUUUGCUCGGUAAUCGGCCACGGCAAACAUCCAAUGACAGUAGAUGUACGGUGUGUAGUGAUUUUUUAUUAUAUUCUUACUUGACAAAUAAAAGUAUCAUAAAAAUACUUGCGCGACCUCCUCCGUUGCAGCCACAACGUCGGAUAUUUUGUCACUACCGUCACAUUGGAGUUUCUAUCUCAUGACCGAUCACCGAUCACACAAAUUCUCAACUAGCGGCUCUUAAUCGUGGCCAUAAACUCCUGACCAUAUCAGGAGGAAAACAUGUGCGAAUGAGCGUAAUGCCUCUGUAAAAGAGAAAGAAAGAUCGUUUCUUUCGUUUUUUAUCCAUAUACGAAUAUCGAAUUUUUUAUUCGAGUAACGUAGUGCCAUGAUACGGAGUUGUACAUAAAAAGCGCGUCUUCAUAAACAUAUUUUUACGACAGAGCAAAAGCGUACUAUAUAUAUAUAUAUAUAUAAAUAAAUGCGUAAGGAUAAACACAUAUAAUGUGCGACGAUUGCGCUUUUAUAUUGGCUCACAUUGAGUCGCGUCCGCGAAUAACGUUUAUUGCACGCGACCGCUCAAACAAUCACCUACUUAUUGUAUCCGUUUAUUCCUAUGAGCCAGUUUACUUACGUGGAACUCAUUUGAAACUUGUCGAUGUCUUCCGAGACGAUUAGUUAGAGAAGUUCGAUAUUUGUUACGAUAUCUCAUAUAUAUUUUGCAUUAAUUAUUUGCGAGAAAAGAAAUAUGAAAUAACAAUCCAUAAAACAAAGAUAGACAACAUUGUCGUGCACAGAACAAGAUAUCGUUAUUGAGGUCGCGUGUGUAUGCGAAUUAUUGAUUAUUGUACCCGAUGCAUUUACCCAGCGCACUGCAAUAAACACAAUAUCUUUUUUUAACGA